AUGGCGGACAAGGAGGCAACAGUGUUCAUCUUGGACCUUGGUGCCUCAAUGGCCCAGAAGCACUCGGGGCGCGAGGAAUCAGACCUGGACUGGAGCAUGUGUUACGUCUGGGACAAGAUAACCGAUAUUGUCGCGGCAAAUCGAAAGACUUUAUGUGUCGGUGUUGUUGGGCUAAGAACCGACGAAACAAACAACAAGCUGCAAGAAGAUGAUGGAUACGAAAACAUUUCCGUUAUACAAGAGCUCAGCCAAAUUACCAUGUCGGGCUUGAGAGCGCUUCAGGCAUCAGUGAAGCCGAGUGAGACCAUGUCUGGCGACGCAGUCUCGGCCAUUGUGGUUGCCGUCGAUCUGAUUGACACAUUUACAAAGAAGCUCAAGUGGGUAAGGAAGAUCGUGCUGGUCACAGAUGGCCAAGGCGAAAUGGAUGCAGACGGCAUCGAAGACAUCGCCAAGAAAAUUAACGACUCAGGUAUCAAGCUGACCGUCUUGGGUGUGGAUUUUGACAACCCCCAAUAUGGCUUCAAGGAAGAGGAUAAGCCUCCAACCAAGGCAGCCAGUGAAAAGACUCUAAAAGCUUUAACCGAUCAAUGCAAAGGCGGAAUAUUUGCCACUAUGGCCGAGGCAAUCGACGAGCUUGACACGCCUCGAGUCAAAUCCGUGAAGCCGUACAAGACUUAUGACGGGGCACUCACUCUAGGUGAUCCGGAAAAGUUUCCCGCAGCAAUGAACAUCAAUGUAGAACGAUAUUUCAAGACGCAUCUAGCUCGACCGCUUACAGCAAGUACCGUCGUGGUCAAAUCCGAGCAGGCAACGCAGUCAACGCAAACCGUGGAGGAUGAUGCUAUGGAUGGUAUUGAAUUUUCUGCUGUGAAGCAAGCUAGAACAUACAAGGUCAAUGACCCUGAUGCCCCUGGUGGAAAGCGUGAUGUUGAGUUUGAGUCCCUGGCCAAGGGUUACGAGUAUGGCCGUACCGCAGUACAUAUCAGCGAGUCAGAACACAACAUCACGAAGCUUGAAACAGAGAAAAGCUUUUCAAUUGUGGGGUUUAUUCCAUGGAGCAAGUACGAGCCGUUCCUCAAUAUGGGAGAAGUGUGUGUUACGCACGCAAGAAAAAACGACAUCAAAUCCGAGCUGGCACUGUCAUCUCUUAUAUGGGCACUCCUCGAGCUUGAAUCAUAUGCAGUAGCACGCAUAGUAACCAAAGACGGCAAAGACCCGUUGUUGGUGCUUAUGGCACCCCAGCUUGAGCUCGGAUUGGAAUGCCUCUACGAUAUCCCCUUACCGUUUGCUGAAGAUGUGCGAACCUACCAGUUCCCACCUCUGGACAGAGUCAUUACGGUUAGUGGCCAGACGCUAAAAAAACACCGUUUACUACCUUCAGACGAGCUUGCAGAAGCAAUGAGUGACUACGUUGAUGCCAUGGACCUUGCCACGUACGGUCAGGAUAAUGAAGGGUGUGUAGUACCGCCGAAGGCAAAGGGCCGACGAACUCGCGAGACCGUCAAGCCCAUAUCGGGCCUAGAUGUUGAUGCCCUGCUUGGCGAGGACACGAAGCGCACGGUUUCAGCAGAGAACCCCGUGCCGGAUUUCAAGCGAGCGUUGGGCACUGCCGACGAAAUGGACCAGGUCGAAGAUGCGGCCAAACAAAUGGGCAACAUUGUGCGGUCCCUAAUUACAGACAGUUUUGGCGAUAGCAAAUACCCGCAGGCGACGGAGUGUCUGGGUGUGAUGAGAGAUGAGCUGAUCAACAUGGAUGAGCCUGAAAUGUACAAUACGUUUGUCCGGGACCUGAAAAAGGGCUUGCUUUCCGGUGCUCUUGGUGGCGACAGGAGAGACUUUUGGUUCAAAGUGACGCAUGAAGAAGCGGAAGAGGUAAGAAUGCGCAUCGUCCUACUUGACCAAGUGCUAACUUUUGGUGGCAAGUUCUACAAGUCUCGGUAG